AUGGAACACCCUGGCCCCCCACGGCCCCUCUGCUGCUGCUCCUCCACGGCUUCCCCCAGAACUGGUUCUGCUGGAGACACCUCCUGCAGGAAUUCGGCACCCGCUACCGCGUGGUGGCGUUGGACCUUCGGGGUUACGGAGCUUCUGAGAAGCCACCAGGAAAGGACAACUACCGCUUGGAGGUCCUCCUGGAGGACAUCCGUCAGGUCAUCGAGAUCUUGGGGACAUCCGAAGGGCAGGAGGUCACCGGCGACACAGCGGCGACCCCCAAGUGUAUCUUGGUGGGUCACGAUUGGGGCGGCGUUCUGGCCUGGGAGUUGGCCGCCGGUCAUCCGGCCAUGGUGGAGAAGUUGGUCAUCAUGGACGCUCCUCACCGCGCCGUCAUGGCGGGUUUCACCGCCUGCCACCCCUCCCAGCUCCUGCGCUCCAGCUACAUCUUCCUCUUCCAGCUGCCCUGGCUGCCCGAGCUCCUCCUCUCCUUGGCAGACUUUGAGCUGGUGAAGACCAUCCUGACGGGACCUUGGACGGGGAUCCAGAACCCGGCGCAACGGUUGACGGAGCAGGAAGUGGAGGCGUAUCUCUACAGCCUCUCCCAACCUGGGGGGUUGUCCCCCACCAUCCACUACUACCGCAACCUCUUCCG